UUUAACUGUAGCGAACGAAACAACGUCAGCAGGCUAACAUGCGCAGUCGAAGCAGGUGGUGAUGGUGGUGCCACCUCCCAAAUCUUCGUCGUCCCAAUAAUCUUAUCACGUUUCUCUCACUCUCUCUCCUUCGCUUGUGUGUUUAAGCUAAGCCGUUAGUCGUUAAACAUCUCAUAUCCUAAAACGCCGUCGUUUUAGCUAUGGCGUUGAGCUCAGCUACGCUUAGACUUACCUCUCUGUCGUUCUCGGCGAAGAAGACGAAUCGAAACCCUAGAAAUCCAGCUCUCUCCUUCACCAUCACUAGCUCAUCGUCCUUUGACGAAUCACCCAAACCUUCUUCUCUCGCCACUUCCUCUUCUACGUCACCUAUACGCGUCUCCUCUAGUUCUACCCCCAAAGCUCGAUUCAUCGCUCGUCAGAAACAAUCCGUCUCCGUUCGUCAGCUACAGCGACCUCUAAUUGAGUAUAUGAGCUUACCUGCGAGUCAGUACUCGGUGCUUGAUGCGGAGAGGAUUGAGAGAGUUGAUGAUAACACGUUUAGAUGUUAUGUUUAUACGUUUAAAUUCUUCAACUUUGAAGUCUGCCCUGUUUUGCUUGUCAGGGUUGAAGAACAGCCUAAUGGCUGCUGCAUCAAGCUCUUGUCCUGCAAGCUUGAGGGAUCUCCUGUUGUGGUUGCUCAAAAUGACAAAUUUGAUGCUUCUAUGGUGAACCGGGUAUCAUGUGAUAGCACUCAGGAGGGCUCAUCAGAGCAACAAAUUACUUCAGAUGCAGUCAUUGAGGUCAAUAUCGAGAUUCCUUUUGCAUUUAGAGUCUUCCCAGUGGGAGCAAUAGAGGCGACUGGGACACAAGUUCUUGAUCAAAUUCUUAAACUCAUGCUACCUCGAUUUUUGUCACAGAUAGCAAGAUCGUCCUGCUUGAGAGGAUUAGUCUGACAUCUGAGGUUUCCUGUUGAUAUUUGAGAAGAUCUUUUAUAUUUGAGCUGUUUGAUGAGGCAAUAUAACAUGUUUUGGGCGUUAUUUAUGUUGGUAAAGCACAUGUUGAACCAGGACUCAGGUUUCAGAUUAGCCUAGGCUUCUAUGGUUUCCUCUGUAAAACUGGCUUGUUGAUUCUUUAUAUUUAUGUGCUCCUCCUUCUGCAUAUAUGAACAUAAAUACAUUCCAUUGCCUGCAAAAUCAUCCCAACAUUAAUCUUAUCAUGCUCUUUUAUUCAUUUUGCAGCUCUCCAAAGACUAUCAUGCAUGGGCUUCGGGAGACACUUCAAGGCAACCUCUUGGGACCGGUGAGAUCUGAUAGUAAAGCAAAAGCUACCGUACGUACCUGGUUCAACGAUCCUGUGCCUCCUCGAGUUCAAAUAGGGGAUGAUAGCAAAUUCUCGAUCUUUUUCAAUGUGGUAUUCGGGUAAAAUAAUCACAAAGGAAUCUGUAGUCACUGGAAUUUCAACCCUUUUCAAUAGAAUACGUUUGUUUGUUUGUUCCACUGUAAUCUCACGGUGUGUCAUGUUAAUGAUCCAACCGAAAGUUCCUUAAACGGAUCUCCUUUGUACCAAAAAACUGUCUGGUAGAACUAAAAUUGAACCGAUAAAUGGAUGAGCCGGUUCAUUGAAUACUACUUUUCUGAAGAAAAGCUUUCUCGCUGCAUGUCAUUUGUGAAGAUAACGUGUUUAAUUUCAAAAUGAAGCCAAAAACAAUUUAAUGUUUUAAUCAGAA